AUGGGGGUGAAAGCCAGUAAGAUGAGCAGAUUUGUGAGCGUACGCAGUGUGAAGCGCUUGAAUGGACCUUCAACGGCACCACCAAGGGGGUAUAUUCCAGUUGCAGUUGGAGUGAAUGAUGAAAUGAAGCGUUUUAUGGUGCAUACCACAGCUUUAUAUGAUGCAGAAUUCUUGGAGUUGCUGUGUAGAUCAGCUGAGGAAUAUGGUUUCUGCAAUGAAGGCAUUCUCAGGAUUCCUUAUGAUGCAAAGGCUUUCGAGGAACGGAUAAGUAAAGGGCACACGCAGAAGAUGGUUAAGGUUUGGCCAAAGUAG